AUGGCCUCCAAGAGACGCAUUGGUGCCAUCGUUGGUGCCUCCUCUAAAUCAGUGAACCAUCGCAUCACCGAUUUUUAUGGUCCACCAGCCCGAUUGAAGCGGCAAAAGACCCAAGGUCCUAUCCUGGACUCUGCCACUGAGCCCCAGUCGACCACAAUGGCACCAUCCCUGGCCGAAUCAUCCUGGGAGGACAAGCCCUCAUUGGCAGACCUCAACUUAUUCUCCCAAGAGGAACAAAACUGGGAAGUGAGAGACACCAAACCACCACCCCAACCUCAACGUCAAAAGGUCAACACAGGAGGAGGCUUUCAUCAGUCUAACGAGAAGAAACAGCACUACACCCGAACCAGGGCAUCAAGUACCUCGACAGUUCACUCACUUCCUGGAAAAACUCGCUCUGAACCAAAGACUAGAAAAAUUGUCCUCACCUACGAGCAGGGUGAUUUGUUUGAUGCCCCGCCCAACAGUGUCCUCAUUCACGCCUGUAAUACGAUUGGCAAGUGGGGAGGCGGUAUUGCUCUCGCUUUCAAGAAGUCUUACCCAGCUGCCUUUGAGAUUUACAGGAAGCAUUGUCAAGAGUUUACCCCGGAUGAGCUCGUCGGGACGGCUCUUCUCAUUGCCCCUCAGUCCGACAAAUAUUCGCAUGUUCGGGAUGAUGAGGUCGAAGCUGGUAGUGUGGAGGGUGACGACGAAGCCAAAGAUGCCCCUGAGGUCAAAGACGAAGAUAGAGCUGAAGUUGACGAGAAUGAGGUUGGCAACGCCGGGGUACAAGACACCGAUGGCAAAACAAGCAACGCCAGCAAAGAACCCCCAGAAGAAGAAACCACCAACUGGAUCCAAGUCCCAAAACGCUCCAUACACCCCCAAGAACAGAGAUUCAACUGGGCCAGGCAGAACGACGACGAUGGUUCCAAAAGUGAAUCCAACCCCCAGCGCCGGUCCCCCCACGAAAAAGACAUCCACUACGUCGCCUGUCUCUUCACCAGCAAGAACGUCGGCGCCAAGCGGGACCCCCCGGAUGAGAUCCUCAAGCACACCGAGUCAGCCAUGCUCAAUUUCUUGUCCAAGCUCAACGACGUCAAGUUCAACCAGGAGGACUGCCCUUUUAUUCCCCAAGUCAGGAUGUGCAAGAUCAACUCGGGGCUUUUUGGCGUUCCGUGGGAGCGGACGAGUGGGUUGCUGGAUGGGAUGCCGCUGAGCAGGUUCCAGACGUGGGGGAGGGGGGAUUUUAAGAUUGUGGUGGCUUCCAAGGACGGCGAUGGUGUGGUGAACGAGGAGAACGGGGAGAAGAAGAAGAAGAUGUCCAAGGGGGAGGAAUGGAGGGAAUAG